AUGUCCCACCACUGGGGAUACGGCAAGCACAACGAAUCACCGGUGGCUUUUAGUGGCUUGUGUCUCCUUUCCCACACUGGUAACUUCACCACUGUCUUCUCAUCCCCAGGGCCUGAGCACUGGCACGAGGACUUCCCCAUCGCCAAUGGAGAGCGACAGUCCCCGGUGGACAUUGACACUAGUGCUGCCCAGCACGACCCUGCCCUAAAGCCACUGUGUGUGUCUUAUGAUCGACCUGUUUCCAAGAAGAUUAUCAACAACGGUCACUCCUUCAACGUUGAGUUUGAUGACUCCCAGGAUGGUGCAGUGCUGAAAGGAGGGCCCCUCGAUGGCACCUACAGAUUGAUCCAGUUCCACUUUCACUGGGGCUCAUCCGAUGGCCUGGGCUCUGAGCACACUGUGAACAAAGCAAAGCAUGCUGCAGAGCUUCACUUGGUUCACUGGAACACCAAAUAUGGGGAGUUUGGAAAAGCUGUGCAGCAACCAGAUGGACUGGCUGUUUUGGGUAUUUUUUUGAAGAUCGGACCCGCUACACAAGGCCUUCAGAAAGUCCUGGAUGCUCUGAGUUCCAUUAAGACAAAGGGUAAGAGCGCCGCCUUCACUAACUUUGAUCCUCGCCACCUUCUUCCUGGAAACCUGGACUUCUGGACAUACCCUGGCUCCCUGACCACCCCGCCUCUGCUGGAAUGUGUGACCUGGAUUGUGCUCAAGGAACCCAUCACUGUCAGCAGUGAGCAGAUGACUCAUUUCCGUAAGCUUAACUUCAAUGCAGAGGGGGAACCCGAGCAAUUGAUGGUGGACAAUUGGCGUCCAGCUCAGCCUCUGAAGAACAGAAAAAUCAGAGCAUCCUUCAAAUAAAAUGGUCCUGGAGGCGGCCUCCAAAGGAGCGAAGUGCAGCUGCCUCUCUGUAGCUAAGCACAAUUCUGUCCUGGUGAUUCCGAUCCCACCUUUGUACCUGACAUGAUAGGCCUCUUAUCUCUCACCUGCUGAGUUUACUAAUAAGAUGUGAAUAGCAAGACUCAGGUGUCUCACGCUGUGGCAGGCUCAUGGCAACCUAAUGCAAAGGACAGAGAUGGCCUCUUGCCUUUCUUCGUAGCCAUAGAAUAACGAAUGCUCAGGCCUGUUUGCUAAAAUGCUAUUUUUUAAAACUUAUGAAAGGAGAAUGGUAGGUUACAAGUCCACGUCGUGAGACAAACCAAGAAAAUUUAGGCAAAUCAGGAAAAUAGUCAUAGUUUCAUGAUUAUAAAUUAGAUAAAAGUUCACUAUCCUGGGAUGUUAUAUUAAGGAAAAAGCUUUUAAAAUGCUUAUAUAUUUGUAGCAAAGUUAUCUUAAAUAUGAAAUGUUGUAACUUAGUGACUUAUGAUUUCUAGAGGUGCAAAUGAAGAUGUAAAAAUCGAUAUAGUUGUGAUACAGAGUAUAUUUCCCUUCAGAUGACAUCACAAAUUAAUGAAUAAUGUAUUUUAGAUAUAUUCUCUAAUAAAAUUCAGAACUCUA